AUGUAUAAUGGGCUUAAUGGUUUCGAUUCAAGAAGUCCUUUCUUAAUAGGAGUUGCCGGUGGUACUGCUUCUGGAAAGUCUACAGUGUGUCAAAAAAUAAUGGAGAAGGUUGGCCAACGUCAAGUAAUUUGCAUCAGCCAAGAUAGUUUUUAUAAAGAAUUAAGUUCAGAAGAGAAGAAGAAAGCUUCCAAAGGGAAAUACAAUUUUGAUCAUCCUGAUGCUUUUGAUAAUGAAUUAAUGCAUCAAGUUUUAAAAGAAAUUCUAUCCGGAAAAGUGGUCCAAAUACCUGUGUAUGAUUUUAAGUCAAAUUCCAGGAAAGCUGACAAGUCUCUCACUAUCAACCCUGCUGAUGUAGUUUUAGUAGAAGGCAUCCUUGUUUUCUAUUUCCCUGAAAUUAGAAACCUAUUUCACAUGAAACUUUUUGUAGAUACAGAUCCUGAUACAAGACUAUCUCGUCGAGUGUUACGUGAUACAAGAGAGAGAGGCCGUGAUCUUGAUCAGAUUUUGCAUCAGUAUACAACAUUUGUAAAGCCUGCUUUUGAGGAUUUUUGCCUCCCAACUAAGAAAUAUGCUGAUGUAAUCAUCCCACGGGGUGCUGAUAAUGAAGUUGCUAUCUGCAUUAUUGUUCAGACUAUUCAAGACAGAUUGACUCGCUGCUCACCCCGAGCUUCAGUAGACGAAGGAUCACAGAAGCAGGCAACAUAUUCUGUUUUUUUGCCUCAUUGA